AUGAGCAAUAAGGCCCGCGCGAGCUCCGCAAAGGAGCGCAGCGUGUUUGUCGGAAAUAUUCCAUACGAUGUGACCGAGGAAAUGCUCAAGGAAAUUUUCUCGGAGGCUGGGUCGGUCGUAAACUUUCGUCUUGUGACGGACCGAGAGACAGGAAAGCCGAAAGGCUAUGGCUUUUGCGAGUAUGCCGACGGCGCCACAGCUCUUAGUGCCAUGCGGAACCUCAAUGGGUACGAGAUCAAUGGACGCAAUCUCCGGGUGGACUUUGCAGAUGGCGGGGAUAAGUCUGGCGGAUCUGAGCGAAAACGUCAGGAUACUGGAGGCUACACUCGGUUUGGAGGAGCGAGCAGCAGCCAUUUUCGAAACGACGGCGGGCAUCCAACGAUGGUGACUGGAGAAAUGGCGAUCCAUGCAAUCGAGUCGGCUAUAUCUCGGCUGGGACCAGUCAAGUUGUAUGACAUGCUGGUGCAGCUGAAGGAGCAUGCAAGGCAGAAGCCAGAGGUGACAAAGAGCAUCAUGAUGGCAAACCCAGCGCUCACACAUGCAAUCGUGCAGAGUUUCAAGAACCUGCAGAUUUCCAUUCCUUCUUCGACUGAGACCCAACCAGUGUUGCAUGCCCCUCCUUCCAUGAUGCAACAACCGCCGCCAAUGACAGGAAGGAUGAUGCCGCCUCCACUACGGCCACCCAUGAGCGGGUCUGCGGCAUCUGGCUCGGGUAUUCUGGGUAUGGCCCCACCUAGUGUUCCGUCGGCAACACCAGGAGCAUUUGCUAAAGCCGGUGGCACGCGAUGGAGUGCACGACCAGGACCCUUGGCUUCCCAGGCGACGAGUGCCGCUAUGGCGAAUAGACCAGCCCCUGCUUCUAGCCUGAUGCACACCCAGCCCCACUCUGGUCUAAUGCCCACACCGACUGUGCCGGCACAAUCGAGUGGGCCCCCCAGCAGUAACCUGGCACAUGCCAGUCGCGACCCCCGUCGAGCAGGAAGAGGGGAUCCGCGUGCAGCCAAGAGACCACAUCCCGCCGACCAAGGAUCAGUGCCGUCAACUCAAGGAGCCAACGACGCUCUGAAGCGCGUCAAGCCGAGUGGUGGGGGCGGUGAUAGCGUCUCGUCUGGUCAGUUCGACGCCAUCGCUGAACUCGCGCGCAACACGACCCCGCAAAACUUGGACAUGCUGCCACCAAACGAGCGGCAGAUGCUGCUGGCGUUCAUGCAGCAGAAUAAUAUUCCAUUUUGA